AUGGUUGAAACAGUUCACAGGAUGGAAGCUGUGUUGAAGGAUAUUGAUGAUAGUGAUGAUGAUGAUGCUCCAGUAAAGAAGAAGCAGGUUUGUGUUGGUGAAUCGUCCAAGGACAUGGGUGGGGAUGGUAAUGGAAGCAACACUCUGACUGGCGAUGUUAAAUGCGGCGAAUGUGAUAUGGAUAUAAGCGAUGAGGAGGAUCAUACAGUGGUGGUUCAAGUGGAGGAGAAACCUCUUGUGGUGGAGGAGCCUCUUGUGGUGGGGGAGCCUCCUGUGGUUGAAGAACCUCCUAUGGUGGAGGAGCCAGAGCCUGCUGUAGAAGACGAGGAAGAACAAGAAGAUGAAGUAGAAGAAGAGGAAGAGCAGAUGGAACCAGAACAAGAAGAAAAAUUAGAAGAGGGGUUUAUGGUGGAAGCAGAAGAUGGGGAAGACGUUGGAGGGCACUCGUCUUCUGGAUCCGACGGUGGAGAUGAGUUUGGGCCAGAUGAUGGUGUCUAUGGUGCAUCUGAUUCUUCGAUUGAUUCAGAUGCUUAUAAUCGAUCCCCCAACAACUUCAAUCGAAUUUGUUAG